UUGAGUUUAAAACCGGUGGACUAGAGUCGUGUACUUGUCUUACGGGUAGCAAACCAUAACAUUAACAUGAGACCAUCAUGCAUCAUACGUGUGAUCACCUUGACCAUCAUCAUAUGUUGUGUGUGUGCGUGUUUUUAUUUUACUGCAAGUGAAUCUGCUAGUUCCAAGCAAAAAAUAAAAUUGAACUUAAGAAGAACCCAUAUGGCUGUAUCUGUAUUUCUGAAAAAAUGAAUUUGCAUGCCUAAGUCUGGUGAAAUGGGUACAAUAUAUCAUUUUGUAUAUAUGGAUACAGUAUGUGGCUUCAUAGACUUUUUAAAUGCUCACUUAUUGGCAACCAACUACCUCCAAUCUACUUGGCCGACACAUGCAUACAUGUAAAUCAUUUUAUGUGGUCCGAGUUAAUUUACUAUAUGCAAGUGUCAGAGCAAAAAUCCUAAAAAAAGAAUUACUACUUUGAAAAAUCCUGAAAGGAAAAAAAAAAAACAGUUUCAAAGAGCUUUGGAAUUUUGGAAGUAAGAGAUAACCAUGGAAGAAGUAGAGGUACCACCAAUUCACAAGCAUCCUCUAAUACCUUUUACUCGCUUUGCUUUUGGAAAGUGUAAAGGGUGUCGCCCGCCCGUUGAUGGUUACAUCUACGGAGGGUACCGUUGCAAUGAGUUGGGGUGUGAUAAUGUUGUGUUCCAUAAAGAGUGUGCCAAGCCCUCACCAGUAAUCAACCACUCUUCCCAUCCGGACCAUUCCCUCAUAUUUACCAACCUUAAUCUAAAACCCACCAACGUCGAUUCAGAACCAUAUACUUGCACUCUAUGUGAAAACUGGUUUGGUGUUGGUUAUCGUUGUUCAACGUGUGACUUCGAGUUGGAUUUGGCGUGUGCGAGGAGACCAGCCCCAUUUGCUCUUCUUGAAAAUUCUUACGGGCAUGAGCAUCAACUUAAACUCUCUAGCAGUCUCACACAAAUGUUAAUCUGCAAAGCCUGUCUCUGUUCAUUUUCUGGGUGGGGAUACAUAUGUCAUCCGUGCGAAUUUGCCAUCCAUGUGGAUUGUGUAGAGUCAUUUCCAAGAGCAUACCACACUUCCCACCCCCAACACCCACUCAAGUCAUAUACAGAUAAAAUCCUCCCUUAUUACGCCGACAAGUAUUGUCUUCUUUGCGGGCAGUGGUUUGAUCAUCUCUAUCACCACAAACCUCACUACUGUGAUGUCUGUAACUUUAGCAUAUGCAGAGGAUGUAUGGGAAACCCACCACCGCUUGGUGUUGUAAGUGCAACAACACACGAACAUCAGCUUCAUCUUGUUCCAAGGCGCCUCGAUUUCACUUGCAAUGCUUGUGGGACGCAAGGUGACCGAAGUCCUUAUUUCUGUCUUCAAUGCAAUUUCAUGAUUCAUUGGGAAUGUAUAGAUCUACCUCGUGUCAUCAACAUCAAUCGCCACGAUCAUCGCAUCUCUUACACCCGUCGCCUUGGAUAUGGGAAAUGGAUAUGUGGAGUUUGCCGUGAUGAAGUAGAUGGAUUCUAUGGAGCUUAUUCUUGCUCAAAAUGUUCUAACUAUGUUCUUCAUUCACUAUGCGCAACGAGCGGCAAGGUCUGGGACAUGGUAGAACUAGAAGGGGUACCGGAAGAAGAGGAAAUGGCGCCAUUUGAGGUGAUUGAUGAUAAGACGAUAAAACAUUUUAGCCAUGAUCAUAACUUACACAUCAACAACGAUGGCCGGAUCUUGCGUGAUAACAUAGUUUGUGCAGCAUGCGUCUUCGAGAUUUGUUCAGAAUCAUUCUACAGUUGCGAGCAAUGCGAUUUCAUUCUCCACAAAAGAUGUGCUAACCUUCCUCGGAAGAAGCGACAUGUGUGCCAUAACCUACCUUUCACGCUACGCACAGAUUCUCACCUUGAAGCUUUUAGUUGUAUGCUAUGUAAGCAAUUGUUCACCGGCUUCAGGUACGAAGUUGAUAGUCAUAACAUCCUAGAUGUGCGUUGCGGUUCAAUUUCAGAACCAUUUGUGCACAAAAGCCAUCCACAUGCUCUAUACUACUCAACAGAUUUCUACAGGUUCUGCAGUGCAUGUGCAUGUAUGCCGCGGUCAACGAUAAGCUGUGAUGAGUGUGACUUUCGUUUGUGCUUCAAGUACGCUUUUCUUCCGCAAAAUUUAAUGAGACGUAGGUACGAUGAUCAUCCCCUCUUCUUGUCUUUCGGUGGUGACUUGGAUGUGGAUGGUGAAUAUUGGUGUGACGCAUGCGAAACAAAAGUGAAUCCAAAGGAAUGGUUCUAUACAUGCAAUGAUUGUGGAACCACAUUACAUAUUUCAUGCGUUGUGGGAGACUUCUCAUAUAUCAUGCCCGGAUCAGUGGGAGACUUCUCAUAUAUGAUGCCAAAAUUAGUAACAAGCUCGAAUCCUGAAGUGAUAUCCAACACAUCUAUUUGUAGACCACUUUGCUUGUGUAACUCUCGAUGCAAGCUCUCUACCAUUCUUAAGUUUUCCAAGGCUGGAGUUGAUUUAUAUAUUUGUUCUUUCAAAUGUCGUCACAACUUAGGUUUAAUUUAA